GUGUAUUUUGUCUCCACCUCCCGUGCCUGUGUCUGUCUUUGCAUCUCCACUUUUCCUCCCUCCCCUGGAUCCAAUCGCUGGCCGAGGAGACCUCCGGAGGGUCUUGGUAGGGGAUUGUCCUUGUUCCUGCUGGGUUUGCCGAGGCAAGGGGGUAUCUCUCGGCAGGUUGGGAAGGGAUGCUGUUCCUCCCGGCGAUGUGAUCGCAUAGCAACCCGGCAGCAGGGGCGGUGGAGCCGCGGGUGUGCGGGCAGCAGCGCCCAGGCUCAGCAUGCAGCCCUGCCAGGGGACUCCUUUGCUGAUUCACCAGCCCCUGCUCUGGAAGCCCAGCAGCUGCUGCCCCCACGCCUCCCACCCGGUGGACUCGGAAGGUGCUCGUGCCCAGAGUUGUCUCCACCCCCAUGAACAUCGGUUCUGAUGCAGCCCCUGGUGAUGCAGGAAUGGCCCUGUGUUCUCCCGCCAUGUCCUGAGUGGCAUGUCACACACCAGGUGCAGCACAGCACUGCCCACCCGCUGCCUCAGGUUGAAGCCUCACAGCAUGGUGCAGGACCUUCGUGUGUAACCCCCCAGGCUCCCAGCAGUGCUGCUGGGCCCCAGGCCCCUCUGGAGAUGAAUCUUUGCUGGAAUGAGAUAAAAAAGAAAUCCCACAGCCUUCGGGCUCGGCUUGAGGCCUUUUCCGACCACAGUGGGAAGCUGCAGGUGCCUCUGGAGGAGAUCAUAGACUGGCUGGGGCAGAAGGAUGAGGAGCUGUCCGCACAGCUGCCUCUGCGGGGCGAUGUCCUCCUGGUGCAGCAGGAAAAGGAGACGCACACGGCUUUCAUGGAAGAAGUGAAGUCUCGAGGACCAUACAUUUACUCUGUCCUGGAGUCAGCACAGGCUUUCCUCUCCCAGCAUCCAUUUGAAGAAUUAGAAGAACCAGCUUCAGAAAGCAAAGAUGUCUCUCCCCGGCACCGGAUCCAAAACAUCAGCCGCUUUGUCUGGAAGCAGGCGAACGUGGCCAGUGAGCUGUGGGAGAAGCUCACAGCCCGCUGUGUGGACCAGCACCGGCACAUCGAACGGACACUGGAGCAGCUGCUGGAGAUUAAAGGGGCCAUGGAGGAGCUCAGCAUGACACUGGACCAGGCUGAAAGCGUGCGUGAAACCUGGGAACCCAUUGGGGACCUGUUCAUUGACUCCUUGCCAGAGCACAUCCAGUCAACCAAGCUGUUCAAAGAGGAGCUCUCCCCCAUGAAGGAUGGGGUGAAAGUGGUCAAUGAUCUUGCACACCAGCUGGCCAUCUCAGAUGUCCACCUGUCCAUGGAGAACUCCCGUAUGCUGGAGCAGAUCAACACACGCUGGAAGCAGCUGCAGGCCUCCAUAAAUGAACGUCUGAAGCAGCUCCAAGAUGCCCACCGGGACUUUGGACCAGGCUCCCAGCACUUCCUCUCCUCCUCUGUGCAGGUCCCCUGGGAACGAGCCAUUUCCCCCAACAAAGUGCCCUACUACAUCAACCACCAGGCCCAGACAACAUGCUGGGAUCACCCAAAGAUGACAGAGCUGUACCAGACGCUGGCUGACUUAAACAACAUCAAGUUCUCAGCGUAUCGAACAGCUAUGAAACUACGACGGGUGCAAAAAGCCCUGAGAUUGGACAUGGUGACCCUGGCCACAGCCUUGGAAAUCUUCAAUGAGCACGACCUGCAGCCCAGCGAGCGGGCCAUGGAUGUGGUGGAAGUGAUCCACUGCCUGACUGCCCUCUACGAGAGGCUGGAGGAGGAGCGAGGCAUCCUGGUGAACGUGCCGCUCUGCGUGGACAUGAGCCUCAACUGGCUGCUGAAUGUCUUUGACAGCGGCCGCAGCGGGAAGAUGAGGGCUCUCUCCUUCAAGACGGGCAUUGCGUGUUUGUGUGGGACAGAGGUCAAGGAGAAGUUUCAGUAUCUCUUCAGCCAAGUGGCAAACGCUGGGGGACUGUGUGACCAGCGGCACCUCGGCGUCCUGCUCCACGAGGCCAUCCAGGUGCCACGCCAGCUGGGGGAGGUGGCAGCUUUCGGGGGCAGCAACGUGGAGCCCAGCAUUCGCAGCUGCUUCCGCUUCAGCAACGGGAAGUCUGCCAUCGAGGUGUCCCAGUUCCUGGAGUGGGCCAACCUGGAGCCACAGUCCAUGGUGUGGCUCGCCGUGCUGCACCGGGUGACCAUGGCUGAGCAGGUGAAGCACCAGACCAAGUGCUCAGUCUGCCGGCAGUGCCCCAUCAAGGGCUUCAGGUAUCGGAGCUUGAAGCAGUUCAAUGUGGACAUCUGCCAGACCUGCUUCCUCACUGGGAGAGCCAGCAAGGGCAACAAGCUGCACUACCCCAUCAUGGAGUACUACACCCCGACCACAUCUAGUGAGAACAUGAGAGACUUUGCCACCACGCUGAAGAACAAGUUCCGGUCCAAGCAGUACUUCAGCAAGCACCCGCAGAGAGGUUACCUGCCUGUCCAGUCCAUCCUUGAGGCUGACUUCUCCGAGAUACCAGCCUCCUCCCCGAUGUUACCACAUGCUGACACCCACUCCCGGAUCGAGCACUUUGCCAGCAGGCUUGCAGAGAUGGAAAGCCAAAACUGUUCCUUCUUCAAUGACAGCCUGUCCCCUGAUGAUAGCCUGGAUGAGGACCAGUACCUGCUGCGCCAUUCCAGCCCAAUCACUGACAGAGAGCCCGGGGGCAGCCAGCACAUUCCAGGAAGCCUCAGCACAGAUGACAAGGGAGAGCUGGAGCAAAUUCUGGCCCACUUAGAGGAUGAAAAUAGGAUACUCCAGGGAGAGCUGAGACGCUUGAAGUGGCAGCAUGACGAGGCAGUUGAGUCUCCAACCUUGGCUACAGGCUCCCCUGAAUCAGUGCAAGACCCACAUAAUGAUGAGCUCCUGGCAGAAGCACGAAUCCUCCGGCAGCACAAGAGCCGCCUGGAGACACGCAUGCAGAUCUUGGAGGACCACAACAAGCAGCUGGAGUCCCAGCUGCACCGGCUGAGGGAGCUGCUGCUGCAGCCUCCGGCUGAGUCAGAUGGCAACAGCUCAGCAGCCUCUUCCUUGGCUUCAUCUCCACAUCAGUCUGAAGGCAGCCAGGCAAAGGAGAGGGAGCACAGCACCCCAGACACCAAAGCUGCAGAUGAGGUGGAAGCCAAAACCCAGGAAGUCAGUGUGUGCCUGGAAGACAUCAUGGAGAAGCUGCGGAGCGCCUUCCCCAACUCUCGAGACCCUUCUCCAGCAAAGAUUGAGGCCCCAGUUACCUGCCAAGAUGGAAGUGAUGGUGCAAGCUCUCCUAGCUGCUCAUGGAUGGCUCUUCCCAGAAGGGAUGAGGACUGGGUGAUGUGUGUAUGGACAGUGGUCUACUUGCCCAGUUGGGUUUGGUGUUGGUCUUUCUGCUAUCCUGCUGGGCUCCAGCCCUGGAGCAGCUCUCAGCCCCUUGCCUAGGAUGCCCAUGCAUGUGCCAGGGGGAGAUGUUGCUUGGUACCAGCACUAACACGAGGCAGGGCAGAGCUUCCUUCUCUGCCCAUGCAGACCUUUUCCCACUUUCUGCCAUCCCUGAGCAGGAUCCUCCUGGCUCUGCAGCAGCACUGUUCUAACCAAGUGGCUCCAGGUCCUGCUUUCCUGACCUCUCCUCCAUUUCUCUUUCAGGUAUGACCUCCCUUAUCUAACACCUCCUGUGAGCCAGAGGCUUUUCCUAACCAGCUACCUGGCUGCUUUCCUCCCCUUUCUACCCCUGCCAUACUCCCUUGUGCUGUGGCAGACCUUGCACAGACUCCCUCCAACUUGGUUGUGUGGGAUGCUUGCAAGCCCCAGAAGAUCUCAGGGGAACAUGGGUCAUGGUGGAGCGGGGCUGUGGGCUGCCCAGGAUGCUGGCUUGGUCACUCGUGCAGAGUGUUCCAGCCUGGAUGGAAAGGAUCAGAGGAAAAACUAAAGCCAUGGAAGCUGCCUGUCUCCCCGGGCACUCCUGGCCUGCUGCCUUUGACCACAGCCCUCAGGGGAUGCAGAGCUCAGCAUCCCACUCCUCUUCAGUUGUGCCCAGCGGCCUCCGGGUUUGUGGGCACCAAAACACUCCUGGAGCCACCCAGUUUUUAAAAGAACUCUUUCUAACAGCAUCCAGCUGCCAGCCUUACAGAUUGAACUCUCUCUGCCAGCCAGUGCUCCACAGCCAGCCAGGCACGUUAUCUUCUGGUGGGAAGAGUCUGCAAGAUUUGUGGGGUAGGGAUGAGUCCAUGUUAGAGCUUCAGCCCAGCUAGUAGCCUUAUCUUGAGAGGAUCUUCAUAACAGAGCCUUAUCAUUUAAUUUGCAUAUAUUUCUAUAUAUAUUAUAUAUAUAUAUAUUCUGUACUUAAAUACUCUCAUGGACUCACUCCAUUAAAUUCUAGUACUGUAAGUGCAGCUGCCCUGCACUUUCAGCCCAGCCCAACAACUGCUCCUGCGGGGACCAGCACCCUCCUGGUUGCUGGUGCUGCCUUGGAGCAGGGCUGCUGCGAGGGGAGCUCAGCAGAGGGGUGGGCUGGCAGCAGGUCCUCUGUCCCGCCUGGUUUCCUGGGGAGCUGUGCCUUUGCUGUGGCACAGAGAGCCUGUCCUGCCCAGAUCCGGCUCCAUCCCUGGGGCCCCUCAGCUCCUGAAGCCGCCCAUCCCCACGGUGCUGCAAGAAGGGGUUUCUCCAGCCCUGGGGGCAUUGGACUGUGGUGCAGGAGCAUAGCGGUGCCAGCAGGCAGCAGCACAGACAGGGCACCUCCUUGCAACACAAGGAGCAGCUGCCUUGCUGCUGUCCCCCAGUUUGAGCUGGGCUGAGGGUUUGGAGGCACCUGUUGGAAGCAGGCAAGUCCCGCCAGGCAGUGGAGGAGGCUGUUCUGCAGGGCAGCUUGGUGAUGGUGGCUUCUGGUGCCAAAGGCUCCCUCCAGCUGUCUGUCUCAUGCUGUGUUAUGUCGAGAAAGAGGUAGAGGCAAGUGCUGUGGGGUGCCCCAGAGCAGGCACUGAGAUGGCCCUGCUGCUCUGGGGACACGGGGCGAGAUGCCUGAGCCCUCAGGGCAGAGUGGAGGGCAGGCAGGAUGUGUGCCAGUGUGAAGCACCCUGCCCGACAGGGCUUGCUGCAAGGACAGUGGCCGGGCUGUUGUGGCUGGCUGGGCUGUGGUGGUGAGCUCUUCAGGGAAGGUUCAGACCCAAGCAGAGUGUGGGGGCACAGGCUGGCCUUGGUGUGCUGGCAGGGGGGUGAGGCAGUGCCCGCACCAGGGCAGUGUGAGCCUUGUGGCCAGGUCCCUGGGGCUUUGUGGGGGUGUCUGCUACAGAGUCGUGGAGUGCUGACCCUGCCGGCCCCUCUGGUGCCUGGGUGGGCAGCAGGAGUGCCCUGGUGGUAGUGUUGGGGGGUAAGCGUGCUGCGUGUCAGGCUGCUUGUUUCACCGUGGUGAGGGACUGCACCCCAGCUUGUGACACCCAGCUGGCCUCCCCCUGCAGUCCCAGUGGUGGGAUGGGGGCAGCGUGGGGAGCAGGGAGGUUUUUGGCCUGAGGAUGAGGUCAGAAGUACCCAGCCUGGUUGGAGCAGGAGGAAGGAAAAGGCAGGAUGAGGGCAGAGCUGCUGGCCUGGGUGGCAGGUGUGGGGAGCAGCAGCAGCCAGGCUGGGUGCUCAGGCUGAUGGGUACAGGGUGAGCAGGGGCUGUUUGUGAGCUGGGCUGUGGCAGGGAAGGGAGCAGGCUGGCUGAGGCUCUGGUGACCGUGCACUGCGGGGCUGCUGUCCUCACUGCUUUGCAUCAUCUCUGCUCUGGAAAGGGAAUAAAUUUAU